ACCCCUCAAAACCCUCGUCGUCUUCCCGAGAUCACUAUUCACCUCCUCGGCUCGGCUCGAUCCCCCCCCCUCCCCCUCGGGCCUAGGGUUGCAAUGUCGAGCGGCGGCGGCGGCGGAGGCGAUGACUACAAGCGGGAGGAGUCGGUGGCCCUCAUGGUGAUCGUCUCCCUGGCGGCGCUCUCCCUCCUCUCCCUCGUCGCCGCCUUCGCCUACUACUGCUACAUCACCCGCAAGGUCUCCCGGAGGCUCCACUCGCUCCAACUCCCCAAGCACCGCUCCUCCUCGCCUCCUCCCAUGCCGCCGCCCCCGCUGCCCCCGCCGCCGCCGCCGGCUGCGGCGAAUGUCCCGACGCAGGGGAAGGAGAGCCCGUCCAGCAACUCCGCCAGCGACGGGGGCGCGGUCGUGGUCGGCGGGGAGAGGGGCGUGCAGGUGUUCAGCUACCGGCAGCUGCACGCCGCGACGGGCGGGUUCGGCCGGGCCCACGUGGUGGGGCAGGGGAGCUUCGGGGCCGUCUACCGCGGGGUGCUCCCCGACGGGAGGAAGGUCGCGGUCAAGCUCAUGGAUCGCCCCGGCAAGCAAGGGGAGGAGGAGUUCGAGAUGGAGGUGGAGUUGCUGAGUCGGCUUCGAUCUCCUUAUUUGUUGGGCUUGAUUGGCCAUUGCUCAGAGGGUGGACACCGUCUGCUAGUCUAUGAGUUCAUGGCCAAUGGAGGUCUCCAGGAGCAUCUCUACCCAAAUGGAGGUUCCUGUGGUGGUAUCUCAAAACUGGAUUGGCCUACUAGAAUGAGAAUAGCUCUUGAAGCAGCAAAAGGCCUGGAAUAUCUACACGAGCGGGUUACUCCACCAGUUAUACACAGAGACUUCAAGAGCAGCAAUAUUCUACUGGACAAGGACUUCCGUGCAAGAGUAUCAGAUUUUGGUUUGGCCAAGCUUGGAUCUGAUAGAGCUGGUGGUCAUGUAUCAACUCGAGUUCUAGGCACACAAGGUUAUGUUGCACCAGAAUAUGCUUUGACUGGGCAUUUGACAACCAAAUCUGAUGUCUAUAGUUACGGUGUUGUACUUCUGGAAUUGCUUACUGGCAGGGUGCCAGUUGAUAUGAAGAGGCCUCCAGGAGAAGGUGUUCUAGUUAACUGGGCAUUGCCUAUGCUCACAGACCGAGAGAAAGUUGUACAGAUCUUGGAUCCAGCACUGGAGGGUCAAUAUUCAUUGAAAGAUGCUGUCCAAGUGGCUGCUAUUGCUGCCAUGUGUGUUCAACAAGAGGCUGACUAUAGGCCACUAAUGGCUGAUGUAGUUCAAUCACUGGUUCCACUUGUCAAGAAUCGUUCUACUCCAAAGACGUGCAACCCUGGUGUCCAAGCAUAGAAGCCAAUUGAUGAAGGGGAAGCUGAGUGCUUAUUCUGCAGGUUGGUGCUUGACAUUUUUAGAGAUCUUCAUCUACAUCUAACAACUACUGCUGAGAUUAUGGGAUCAAUAUGUUCAUUAACUUAAUUCAUUUCCUCUGCCAGUAAAUCCCCGAUUUUGCAAGGUGAAUCGUAAGCAGGUAGAUUUAGAAUUCAAGCAUUAAUUUAGUUCAAUGGACCAGAAAGCUAGUUUCAGUCUGAAGCGAAGUUCUCUAGUCAUGUGCAAUUAGUGAUCAUGUUAGGUGGUUCGGCUUAGUACUUAUGGUUGUGCCCUGUGGUAAUGAUCAGAGUGUUGUUUCCAGCUGGCAGAAUUGCAAUGUACUGCUGAAUUUUCUUUUGGCUUGUCAAUUAUGUUAGGUGUCUUUGGAGAUCCAUGUCUGUUGUCUUAACUCUACUACCUUGGUCUAUAAACAUCAUGGUGUAUCUUGUAUAUGUAUAUAGUAGGAUUCUGAAACUUAUAAAAACAAAUCUUUGCUAGUUGAUCAUUUGCAUGC